GAGAAUAUGGAAAAUGAAAAUGUAACAUUUCUGACCGAGUUUCUUCUCACUGGACUUACCUAUGAAGCACAGUGGAAAAUUCCCCUGUUCUUAGGGUUCUUGUUGACAUAUCUGCUCACCAUCGUGGGAAACCUAGGAUUAAUUGCUGUCAUCUGGAAUGACCCUCAUCUUCACAUCCCCAUGUACUUGUUCCUUGGGUGUUUAGCCUUUGUAGAUGCUUGGCUUUCAUCCACAGUGACUCCAAACAUGCUGGUCAAUCUGUUAGCCAGCAGUAAGAUGAUCUCAUUCUCAGAAUGCAUGACACAGUUUUUUUCUUUUGCAGUCAGUGCAACUACAGAAUGUUUUCUGUUGGCAGCAAUGGCUUAUGAUCGCUAUGCAGCUAUAUGCAAACCUUUACUUUAUCCAGUGAUUAUGAAUAAUGGAUUAUGCAUUAGGCUAUUGGUCUUGUCUUUUGUGGGUGGCAUUGUGCAUGCCUUAAUCCAUGAAAGCUUUCUGUUCAGACUAACCUUUUGUCAUACUAACGUAAUAUAUCACUUUUACUGUGACGUUAUACCAUUGUUAAAGAUUUCAUGUACUGAUCCUUCUAUUAAUAUUCUAAUGCUUUUUAUUUUCUCCGGUUCCAUUCAAGUAUUUACCAUUGCAACUGUUCUUGUCUCCUACACACUUAUUCUCUUUACAAUCUUAAGAAAAAAGUCUGAAAAAGGCAUGAGGAAGGCCUUCUCCACCUGUGGAGCCCACCUCCUGUCUGUUUCUCUCUAUUAUGGUCCUCUUCUCUUCAUGUAUGUGAGACCUACAUCUUCACAAGCAGAUAAUCAGGAUAUGAUUGUCUCCCUGUUUUACACUGUCAUAAUUCCUCUGCUAAAUCCAAUGAUUUACAGCCUGAGAAACAAGAAAGUCAUAGACUCACUUUCAAAAUGGUUGCAGAGAAAUGUAUAG